AGCCAAACAUGUGUUCAAUCAGUGAUUUCAUUGCCAAACAAAACUAUUUUAUGAAAACCAAACGCAAAACAAUUGAAAGUUUGUAUCAAUUUCUGGAUUCAGUUGAUAGACAAGCGGUUCCCACGAGUGAUACUCAAGUGGACAACAAUCAGUUUCAACAAAAACCUAAUGAAACAAAUGAAGGGCAGGUUAACAAGAAAUCUACAGUUCCUCAAGAAACUGGAGAUUCCAAUGAUUUGAUGUUGGAAGAAGUGGAGGAUCUGUUCGGUGGGUUGUCUUCAGCCAAGUAUGACUUAAAACGGCGACAACUGGCAGACCAACGCCGUCAAGAAUAUCAGCUAUUCCUGGAACAGAAAUCAAAACUGGAAACAGAACUUCAAAAUGAAAAGAAAAAACCAAAAAGAGUUGUAAAAGUGGAUCAGAAUUAUAAAGAAUUAUUAAAUAAGAAACGAAAUGAAGAGCGAAAACACAACGAACUCAAUGGAGUGGAGGGCAUGGAUAUCGACGACUUUGUUCCUGUAGAGGACAGCCAUACAAAUGGAUAUACAGUGCCAAUUGUGGGCCAAUUUUAUUGCUCCAACAAUAAGUUUAGUCCCGAUUUCAUAACACCCAGGAGUCGAUUAUUGGCCACACAUUCGAGUCGAUUAAAGGCACAAAAAUAUAGGGAAGAACUCCGCAAACAGUGCGAAGAAAGACAACGGAUUAAGGAUGAGGAGAGAGAACGCAUCCGUCUUGAGGAGGAAGAACUCGAACGCAAACUAGAGGUCCAGAGAAUGAAACUAUUGCUCGAGUAUGAGGCCGAACAAAGAGCUAUCCGCCAAAGGGCUGAGCGCUCGGCUCAUAAGAAAGAUGUGGACAAACAUAAGAGGGAUUCGAUGACAAUCCCUGCGUCGCCCCUCUCUCUGCUAAGAAGUCCUACUUAUAUGCAUAUGAGAGACAGACAGCCAUCAGCCACUCCAAUGCAUAACAAAUCGAAAACUGUAUCGCGAUCUCUGGCGUCAGCGAUGAGCCAAUCGAUCAAAUCAGCGCAACCGACAGCCACUCAAACGAACGCUCACCACAGAACUGAUCCCAAUUCUGCUGAGUAUUACAAUUCAGACGCCGAUUCAUCGUCGAGUGAUGACGAGAUAAACGACGACCAAACCAAAGAAGUCGAAUUUAGGAAACGAGUUUUGAGUCAAUUAUCAGAAGUGCGACAAAUGAUGGAAAACGAUCACAUCUUAAUGAUGGAAGGACUCCGACAACAACAACAAACGGAUGAGUGAUUGCAUGUAUACUCACAAAAGUCAACACAAUUUAUACUCAAUUUCUACAAUUUUCCAAUUCAUACGAGAUUUCAUUAUACGGUAAUUAUUAUAUAUUUUCGAUUCUCAUCAACUAGUUUAAUGAAUCCUCC